AUGGCAGAAAACAAGAUGAGUUUGAAGCUUCUUGUCGACAAGAGAAACCAGACCAUCCUCUUCGCCGAAGCCGGAAAGGACUUUGUGGAUUUCCUUUUCCAUGGUCUGGCUUUGCCAGUUGGAACCAUUGUGAGUCUUCUCUCUAAAGCAGGUGUGGCCAGCGGCGUGCGCAAUCUUUAUGCGAGUGUCGAGAAUCUCAGUGACACAUACAUUGAACGUAGAGAGAAAGAGGCUCUGUUGAAGCCCAAGGCACGGAGCUCUGGUCCAGAUGUUCUGCGCUCAUUGUUGCCCGAAGCUCCGCCAUUAGCGCCAAUUAAAUACUACACUUGCCAUCAUAUUUCCGGUGUGCACAUCACUUCGUGCAGUAGCUAUGUGACGGAUUCCCCUUCUACGAGAUUUCCUGGUUGCAACAAUAUGAUGAGCAAGAAACUGUCAUGGCUCGCAGGACCAGCUGCUGAUGCGGCAUCCUCUGCCAAAAUACCUAGUGGAAAGGGUGGGUAUGUGAGAGACGUCGUCACAUACGUGGUGAUGGAUGACCUGACUGUAAAGCCCAUGUCCAUCAUCUCUUGCGUUACUCUGUUCAACAGGUUCAAUGUGCACGAAAUUGGGGAUCUUGAAGAGAGGGUGGUUGACUUUGGCUUGGACAAGGCCAUAGAGCUGUUGAGCGCUUCAUUACACUCCAAAACAGUUCUCACGGACAUAUUCAGCGAAGUUCUCACAGACAGAUUCAACCGGGGAAGGCCUCAGUGA